GUACCAGUUGUAACCAACCAUUUAUGUCAACUCCCAGGGAGUGUCUGGUGACCUUAGAUGAACUGGUGGAAGUCUUGAAGAAGAUCAAGAACAUUGACACCAAGGACAUGGCAUCUGACCAGAAGCUGGAACACAUCGCCCAGAUGUUGGAUGAUGACCAUGAUGGACAGAUCCGCUUGAAUGAAGUGAAUAAGGCGAUACAGAUGAUCCUUGAGGAGGACGUUGACCUGACAGAGUCCCAGCUGAGGGAAGUGGUGAAGCUGCUCCAUGCUGAGGAGGAUCUGGAGGAGAAGGAGGACCAGGAGCGGGAGAGACUGGAGAAGGAGAAGGAGCUGUGGGAUCAGCAGCAGCCUCGGGAGGAACAGAAGCAGAACUAGACACAGGACUGGCUGGCUGGCUGACAGUCAGGCUGGUCUGGAAGUAGCUGUGGCUAACUUGCUCCUUCACUCGGAAGUAGAGGACAACAAAUGUUGUAGUGAAAUAGACCAGAAAACUUACUCCUUUAUGGACCCAGAAAGUGUUAGACAAUUUUUCAUGUCUGUUUGCAGGCAGAGGAAACUAGGUGCUAUUAUUUGAAUGACACCUCUAGCCAGAGUUGAUGUUGGUAACAGGGAUGACAGAAAUUCUGACCCCUUGCUUAUUACUAACAAGCAGGCUGGAGUCAAAGCCACAGGCUGCCCAAGUCACUCAGUGCUAAAUUAUACUUAAAAGCCCACUGUAAGUCAAUUGUACAUUGAUGUACAGAUCAUCUGUUUCAUUCUGGUGGCCAAUAACAACAGACAAUAUAUGUCAAAAAAGAUAUAUGAAACAAUAGUGUGGGAAUACGUGGAGAAGGGAUUUACCAAAACUGUUGUAAGAAAAAUGGAGUGUACAUAACACUGACCAUGAGUGAAGAAUGUGGUUUCAAAUUAUAGUUACACUAAGUAGCUUUUGAACAGAGAACAAAUGGGGAAAUUUGCACGUUAUUAGUUUGCAGAGCUAGAGACAAAUGAGUAUUGACAGGUGAGGUCAGAGGAUAUUAAUAUUCGUCCUCUCAUAUUCUCACUACUUCACCCUUAAUCCUCCAUGUGCAAGUGUCUACACUACUUCUAGCUUGUUCGGUGGUUUAGUGUAUGUUUGUAAUAAUUACAAUAAAAUAACUUAUAUACCAAAGCCCACAUGUGAAAAUACAAGAGGUAAGAUUUUCUUCAGUGUUUAGAAACAAAAGAACACUGUGCAAAGGCUUGUACUAACUCUAUGAUAUGAUGUUUUUUUUUAAUGUACAUGUAUAUGAAUAGUUUGAUCACAAAGCUCUUUAGACAUCUUUACAAGGUUACAUGGUUGCAUUUAUCUUUUCAGAAUCACAUUGUAAAUAGUUAUCACCAAGCAUGACAUAAAGUCAAAAAAGGUAAAUUUUCUUAAUAUUCUCUUGCAAAAUCAGUGUAUAUAUUCUGUUGAUUUCAAGGACUAGUUGCUGUUGAGAGAUGGACUUCCAUCAUGAUUGCUGUGAAGUGUGGAGUAGUCAUUACAUGUUUGAUCCUAAACUUCCUACUUCAAAACUUCAAAAUGUGUAUGCUUGUAUGUAAAUUACAAUGUGUGGUGGGUUAUUUAAUGUAUUUGUUGUUAUCAGACAUCAAAGUACAUUGCAGUAUAAGACAUUGAAGAAUUGUAUACAAAUAUGUGGAAAAGAGACAUGUUUCUAUAAAGACUUGAGAUUCAUAGUCGGAAUAAGGUCUUGAAAAAGAGAAUAAGAGAUAAAGUUAUUAACUCCCAACAACCUAACUGUUAAAACAAUUUCUCCCCCAUUGCAAAAUCAAGAACUUGCUAAAAGCCAUUAUUGAAUUGUAUAUCUUGUUGAAAUAAUUGUUGUGUUGUUUUCCUUUGUUCAUAAAUUUUUGUUCUUGAACUUGUGUAAAUUGUAUUUAUGGAACUGAGUUUCCUAUGUGUUUAAAGCAUGCAUCAUUUGCUUGACUAAAAAGAUUUCUAAGGAAAUUUCAAAAUAUUAUUACUAGUAUAUUAUUUGCUCCAUUAAGAUGGCUGCAAAUUGGAAAAAUGUAUGAAAGUCCCUGGAAGGUAAGCCAUAUUUGAUAUCUUGUAUUGUUUUGCUAUUGAUGAACCUGAAGAUUUAUUUCAAAGAUUAUUUUUCUGAUUUUGUGUAUACAUGUAUGUCAUUCAGUUGUAUAUCUGUGAAUGCACAUUGUUCCAAAGUGACCUUUAGUGUGAUAUGUUAUAUGUCCUACCCUAGACCUAAAAUCUCUUUGUCCUGACAACUGUAAUGAUUUGUGUACCAGGCUUUUCUUCACAAACUAUAUGAAGAUUUAAGAGUGACAAAACACAUUCUCUGUAAUUAGUACUCUAGAAUGUAUAAAUAUUUUGAUUGAAUGGAAUGGAACGAAAUGGAAGUUGAGCUAUACUUUCCGUAUCAUUGCAUUGGGAAAAAAUCUACAUGUAGUAAAGAUUGCAUUCAGGUAUGACACAUGUAAAUGUUGCAGAAGAAAAAAUGUGUUUAAGUAUAUUGUGUCAUUUUAUGCAAAAUGUGUAUUUAUUUUGCUGAAAGGGCAUCUAUAAAUCUUCCUGUCUUCAUUUGAAUGGUAACUAGAUCUACUGUAUUCUGUUCUUUCCUCUACUUUGACAUGGGUAAAUUGAAUGUCUUUUAUACAUGUAUUUUCAAAUGUAAUGCUUGUGCAUUAUAACUCAUCUUCUACAUAACUUGAUUACAUGCACACAACUUCUGAGACAUUGAUAUAACUUUGGGAUGAGUUUAUGGCCGGUAAGACUUCUUGUGAGUCUUUAGUAUAAGAAAACUUAUGCAAAGAAGGCAAACUUAGUUUACAUCAGCAUGUUUCUCAGUCAGCUUGCCUUAUCUCAUUUUCAUUUCCAUACACUAAGUCACCCAAUAUCACACAUUCAAGUGCGAAAUUGCUGAAGUACAAUCACUUGGAACAAGAGGCAAAUACCUGUAGUUAAAAUGCCCUGAAAAUCAUACAUGUAUAUGGUUAUGAGUAUUUUUGAGACAUUGCAGAAUGGGAACCGCUUGUAUAUACUCCAUGGAAAGCCCUACAUACAUGUCACCAUCUGAAUUCUGUGUCAUAGACAACUAGUCACCAUUCAUGAUGAGAAGAAUAAAACAACAUUUCUG